AUUCAGACCGCAGCUCGGAAGAGGCGCUCGAAACUGAUUCAUACGGUGACACGAUGUAUAGAAAGAUAACAAACUGUUAACGUAUAUAUUCUGUCGUUUUAAACUAUUCACCAUCAAUCAAGUUAGAGAAUUAGGGAACGUUGUUCAGCUCCUUAGUGAUUGAUCCAUUUGUGAGACUAAUUCGACAUAUUUUGGUGUGCGUAAAACUUGUGAAAUGAGUGCCUUAUUGUUGGUGAAUAUUUUUUUGGUGACGUUUACAUGUAAUAUUGAUGGGCAACGCAUACUUUCAGUGACCAAAUUUCAAACUUCUACCUGUACUGGAGAUGGAAUUAUCUGUAUGACAUGUGAUAUAGCGUCUAAAUGUUUGUACUUGAAUGGCGAAUGGCGCCCUCAGCCUUUCGAAAAAUGUAACGAUGAAAAUGGAUUUUAUUGUAAUGUACACGAAGGAGGUUGUUCUCGGAAUGUUGGGCCUUGCAAUCCAGCUGGCCAGGAAGGAAAUUUCGUGUGUAAUACUCAAGGAGUGUUUCCUGACCCUUUUGAUUGCCAACGGUAUCAUCUAUGCUACCAAAAUCAGCAAAACCUCGUGGCAAUAAAUAUGGUUUGUGACUCAAUGGCUUUCUCAGCUGCAACAGGAGAUUGUUCUGUGCAACGCAACGAUACUAUGUGUACUUCGCUACGGUGGAGUUGCUCGAAAGCUGGGGAAAUGAAUAGCUGGCCUGAAAAUAAUAAUAUCUACUACCUUUGUAUUGCUGAUAUCAAAAAUGGUGCUCUUUAUCCCCAACUGUAUCGAUGUAGUGCUAACCAGAUUUUCAAUGAGGGACGAUGUGUGGACAGACAAACUGUUUUGUCACCACCUGGUGUCGAUAAUUCGUAUCGCUGUGAAUCCGCUGGGCUGUUCCCCGAUCCCAUCAAUUGUCGCCUUUAUUACUUCUGUGACGUGAAUCUGAAAUCGCAACAUCUAGAAUGUCCAGCUGGAACGAUAUUUCAACCGAGUACCGUAUCGUGUGUUAUUGGAACGUGUUAAACCAUAUUUGUAUUGUAAAUGUAUAGUGAAUAUGAACAUUUUCAUCAUGUACAAAAGGCAAUGUAAGAAAU